UGACGGGGGAGGACUGGAACGCUGUGAUGUAUGAUGGCAUCAUGGCGCAUGGCGGUCCCACAAUGCCCGGGAUCCUCGUCAGCAUCUACUUCAUCAUCCUCUUUGUCUGCGGAAACUACAUCCUGCUGAAUGUGUUCCUGGCCAUCGCCGUGGACAACCUGGCGGAGGCCGAGAGUCUGACCAUGGCCCAGAAGGAGAAGUCUGAGGAGAAGAAACGCAAGAAGCUGCUCAGGGCUAACAUGCCUGACAAGGCAACAGAGGAGAAGGCACUCCUGGCCAAGAAGUUGGCAGCAGAGAGGGCUAAAAUAGAGGGCAUCCCUACUACAGCCAAGCUGAAAGUAGACGAGUUUGAGUCCAACGUGAAUGAGAUCAAGGACCCCUUCCCCCCUGCUGACUUCCCUGGCGAUGAUGAGGAGGAAGAGCCUGAUAUCCCUGACACCCCGAGGCCCCGACCAAUGGCAGACCUGCAGCUGAAGGAGGAGGUGGUACCGAUUCCAGAGGCCAGCUCCUUCUACAUCUUCAGCCCUGAGAACAAGUUCCGUAAGCUGUGCCACCGCAUCAUCAACGCCACCACCUUCACCAACACCAUCCUCCUCUUCAUCCUCCUCAGCAGCAUCUCCCUAGCCGCCGAGGACCCCAUCGACCCCAUGUCCUUCAGGAACCAGGUGCUGGCCUCCGCUGACGUCGUCUUCACGUCAGUAUUCACCGUGGAAGUUGUCCUCAAGAUGACCGUAUAUGGAGCCAUAAUGCACCCUGGCUCCUUCUGCCGGAACUCCUUUAAUAUUCUGGAUCUGAUAGUUGUCACCGUAUCCCUCCUCUCCAUGCUCAUGGAGUCCAGUGCUAUCUCUGUGGUGAAGAUCCUCAGGGUGUUAAGGGUGCUGAGGCCCCUAAGGGCCAUCAACAGGGCUGAGGGCCUCAAGCAUGUGGUCCAGUGUGUUUUUGUGGCCACAAAAACCAUUGGCAACAUCGUGCUGGUCACCAUGCUCGUUAGACUUCAGUUCGCCUGCAUUGGAGUCCAGCUCUUCAAGGGACAAUUCUACUCCUGCACAGAUCCUGACAAAAUGACAGAGGAGGAGUGUAGGGGUAACUAUAUUAGGUACCAGGAAGGUGCAAUCCAUCCAAUGACGAUCCAUAAGAGAGAGUGGAUCAACUCAGAGCUCAACUURGACAACAUCCUUGAGGGCAUGUUGGCUCUCUUCACUGUCUCCACCUUUGAGGGCUGGCCAAAACUGCUGUACAAGGCCAUAGACUCUAACAUGGAGGAUGUUGGUCCCAUCUUCAACAACCGCGUUGCCAUCUCCAUCUUCUUCAUCAUCUACCUCAUCCUCAUCGCUUUCUUCAUGAUGAACAUCUUCGUCGGCUUUGUCAUCGUUACAUUUCAGGAGCAAGGAGAGCAGGAGUACAAGAACUGUGAGCUGGACAAGAACCAGCGGGCGUGUGUUGAGUACGCCCUGAAAGCCCGGCCGUUGCGCUGCUACAUUCCUAAGAACCAGUAUCAGUACAACGUGUGGUACAUCGUCACCUCCUGCUACUUUGAGUACCUGAUGUUCCUGCUCAUCAUGCUGAACACCAUGUGUCUGGGGAUGCAGCACUGUAACCAGUCAACCCAUGUGACCGACCUGUCUGACAUGCUGAACGUGAUCUUCACUGUGCUCUUCACUGUGGAAAUGGUCCUCAAACUCAUGGCCUACAAAGCUAAGGGUUACUUUGGGGACCCAUGGAACGUCUUUGACUUUGUCAUCGUCAUCGGCAGCGUUGUUGACGUCAUCCUGAGUGAGGUCGAUGCAGCCCUGGCCUCCUCUGGAGGACUGUACUGUCUACACGGCUGCGCUGAGGUGAACCCAAUGCAAGCCAUAGCGGCUUCGGAAAAUGCCCGUGUGUCAAUCACCUUCUUCAGACUGUUCCGUGUGAUGCGUCUGGUUAAACUGCUGAACCGUUCUGAGGGGAUCCGGAAUCUUCUGUGGACCUUCAUCAAGUCCUUCCAGGCUCUGCCCUACGUCGCCCUGCUCAUCCUCAUGCUAUUCUUCAUCUACGCUGUUGUUGGGAUGCAGAUAUUUGGUAAGAUAGCGCUGAUAGAUGGGACACACAUCAACAGGAACAACAACUUCCAGACAUUCCCCCAUGCUGUGCUGCUGCUCUUCAGGUGUGCGACAGGUGAGGCGUGGCAGGAAGUGAUGUUGGCGUGUCUAUAUGGGAAGAGGUGUGACCCUAAGUCAGACUACCUGCCUGGAGAGGAGAUGACCUGUGGAGCCAGCUUCGCCAUCAUCUACUUCAUGAGCUUCUACAUGCUCUGUGCCUUCCUGAUCAUCAACCUGUUUGUGGCAGUCAUCAUGGACAACUUUGACUACCUGACCCGUGAUUGGUCCAUCCUGGGUCCUCAUCACCUGGAUGAGUUUAAGAAGAUCUGGGCAGAGUACGACCCAGAGGCCAUGGGGCGUAUUAAGCACCUGGACGUGGUGACUCUGCUGCGUAGGAUCCAGCCUCCUCUGGGCUUUGGAAAGUUCUGUCCCCAUAGAGUGGCCUGCAAGAGACUGGUGUCCAUGAACAUGCCACUCAACAGUGAUGGAACGGUCACCUUUAAUGCUACGCUGUUCGCACUGGUCAGGACCGCAUUGAAGAUUAAGACUGAAGGUAACUUCGAGCAGGCCAAUGAGGAGUUAAGGGCCAUCAUCAAGAAGAUCUGGAAACGCACCAGUAUGAAGCUGCUGGACCAGGUCAUCCCACCAAUCGGAGAUGAUGAGGUGACCGUGGGGAAGUUCUAUGCCACCUUCCUGAUCCAGGACUACUUCAGGAAGUUGAAGAAGAGACAGGAAGAGUAUUAUGGCUUCCGCCCCACCAAGAAGAACGCCUCCAACGAGAUACAGGCGGGUCUGAGGAGCAUUGAGGAGGAGGUGGCUCCAGAGUUGCAGAGAGCCAUCUCGGGAGACCUGAUGAACGAGGAGGAGAUGGACAGAGCCAUGGAGGAUGCAGCGGAGGAAGGCAUCUUCAGGCGGGCGGGCGGUCUGUUUGGGAACCACGUUGAUUCCUUCACCAUGGAGGAAGGAACCCAUAACUCUAACGCUACACAGGUGACCAGCCAGCGGCCCCUGCAAAUGAGCAAGUCAGACGAGGGGGAGGUGACCAGCUCACCUGCCUACCAUGCAAACGAGGACUUCUUCCCCACAAUGCCUAACAAAACCAACAACAACAAUGUCAACAGCAAUGCCGGGGAGAGUUUUCCCUUUGAGACAGAUGACAGGGUGCAGGUCUAUACCAUCUCAACCAGCAGAAGUCCCCGAGACACCACAGACUGGCAGCUGCAGACAGUACCUGGACCCAGCCAGGACCGUGAGACUCCCAGAGAGACCCCUAGCCCCCAGCAGGCCCAGACCCAGACCCCAGACAGCACCUUCGACACACUCAUACAGGAGGUCCUGAUAAAUGGGGGGUUGGAGAGCUUGGCCAGGGACCCUCGUUUUGUGUCGGUGACGAAACAGGAAAUGGCCGAAGCUUUGAACUUUGACCCGGUGGACAUGGAGAGUUCCGCCACUGACCUUAUGAAUGGUCGCAGAGGGAGGGUCGCCACACCUCCAAUCAGGCCCUCUCGCAGAUCACAGAGAAAGGCCAACAAAUUAACAAAACCCACCGAUCGUGUUUAGGCCAAUAGGCCUGUCCUGCAAUGCAGCAUGUCAUCGAUCUUGUUAAGGCCAAUAGGCCUGUCCCUCAACGCAGCAUGUCAUCAAUCUUGUUUAGGCCAAUAGGCCUGUCCUGCAAUGCAGCAUGUCAUCGAUCUUGUUAAGGCCAAUAGGCCUGUCCUGCAAUGCAGCAUGUCAUGGAGUGACUUCACGUGCUGAGGCAUUAAAUGUCACAUUCUACAAAUAGAACAGUCCUUUUUGGGUGCCUUGUAAUAUCACCUGAUUGGUUAAGCAGGCUUUAUGGCACCUGUGACUUCAUUGUUGUGGUGUCAUUCAGACUGGAUGAUUUCUCUAUUGGUUCAUUUAAAGAGGAAAUACUCUUCCUGCUAGAGAGCAGACUGUCUUUACCAUGUUUAUUUUGUUCACAGUACAGACUACUGUUCAAACUUAUGUUGAUUUCAGGCGAACAUCACGUUGUCCCGACUAACAUGUUCUUGAGUCUCAACUCGAGGAAUUUUUGCUGGUAUUAAAGGUUGGCCCUGUUUGAAAACUAGUGUCCUUCUCUGUUCCCUCCCAUCCUUGAAGUAAUCACUGAUCCACCACCGUUUAGGUGUUGAACAUGGUUGUGUCAGUGACUGGCUGACGGAGGAAGGGAAGGGUGUGUUUUCUAAGUAUUCUUGGAGGGUCAGGAUGUUACUUUUCAGGGGCAUUCUUUGAGUUCUGUCAUGAUGACAAGGCAAGACAUGGCUGGACCAGGAUGUUUCUGGGCUGGAUCAUGUCUACACUGUCCAUAUAAGGACAAUCUCUGUAGGCUAUAUGGAGAAAGCUAACGUGCAUGUUCAAGAUACACAGAUUCUGCCCAGGUCUCCACACAUCAACAUAUCUUCACAAUACAUAGAUAUUUCUUUGGCUUUAAAUAUCCCAUAUCUGAAACAUGUACACCAUCUCUAGUAUACAGGAUGAAUGCCCCUGUAGUGUAACAUGAGAGAACAUAUUUCUGGUGUAGUGUAGCCACUAGCUGGCCAUGCUACAGUAGAAUGCAACAAAGUGUAGAUAAGAGGAUGUGGUUAAAGAUGAAGAUGAAUGGUAAGUUUAGGUACAGUGGUUGGAAUCGUAUAUUUGUGAUUAGAAAGCAGUGUGUAAGGGUCAGAUAUGGACAAAUUAUGGUCUAGAAUACCAGGGGUGAAAGGUCAUCUCUGAUGAUGCCAUUUUGUCUAUUAUUCUAUUUUCAACAAUAUCGUUCAUUUUCAUGUAAGCCUUUUGGUUGAAACCUACAGCAUCUUUUUGUGAAAAUGUCCUUUUUGAUUAUUCAUUAUUUUUUCAGUCUAAAAGAGAUUAGGUUGUAUUUUGAGAGACAGUGGCAUGUCACUGUUAUUUGGUUUAAUAAAGGCUAAAUUAAAUAGCUGUAAUGUGAUGAAGGCCAAAUAGAAGGCAAAGUAAAAACGUGAAUCCCAAAAGGUUUUGAAUAAUAAAAUCAGUUGUUCCCAUUGAGCUUUUUAACAGAGGUGUUUUGCAUUCAUCUAGAGUAUGUACUACUGCCAUUAACUUUUUAUCAGACAUUUUGUCAUGGUCAUUUUGAUAACGUUAUUUGAGACAUUUUAUUGCUUUCUCUCUGUUUCUGAGAUCUGUUUCAAUAUUGUUCUCUAAAGUUUAAACUAUAUCAUGCCAAUAAAAAAUAUUUUAUAAAGUGAGAAUA